AUGAAGAUCCCUCUCUUGCCUGCUGCAACAGCGGCGGUUGUUCUAUCAAACCUUGCCGUUGUAUCAUCUCUUGACCUGAAAGAUUCACAGGCUCCAAGAGUAAAAACAAUAAACGGGACAUAUGAGGGACUAUACCUUCCUGACUGGAAACAAGAUGCUUUCCUGGGCAUGCCAUAUGCCCAACCGCCCGUAGGCCCGCUCAGGUAUCGAUGGCCAGUAUCCGUGAACGAAUCUUUCGACGGAGUCAGGAACGCAACACGCUACGGACAUAGCUGCAUGCAAUACGGGCAGACCUUCGAGCUGUCGGAGGAUUGUCUGACUAUUAACGUAGUCCGACCCUCUGAGAGGUUCACUAGGCCUCUGCCCGUUCUCGUCUGGGUCUAUGGCGGCGGUUUGUACGCAGGCAGCACGGCUGAUCCCCAGUAUAACCUCUCGGGUAUCGUGCGUGUGAGCCAGGAGAUAGGACAGCCCGUCAUGGCUGUUAGCAUGAACUACCGCCUGGGUCAAUGGGGAUUCCUGCAGACAGCCCAAGUAUUCGCGGAGGGCUCGAGCAAUGCGGGACUCCUCGACCAGCGCCUUGCGUUCCACUGGAUCCACGAGAACAUUGCCGCGUUUGGCGGCGAUCCUGAUAAAGUGGUUCUCUGGGGGGAGAGCGCCGGCGCCCAGAGUAUCGCGUACCAUUUAUUCGCGUAUGGCGGUCGCGACGACAAGCUCUUCCGCGGUGCGAUCCUCGAGAGCGGCGGUCCAACGGGUGCGCAGGUUGAGUCGCUAUCGUGGUACAACUCCGCCGUGAAAAAUUUAACGCGGUCCGUAGGUUGUUGGGGGACGAGUGAUCAGCUGGCCUGUCUCCGCGAAGUCGACCAAGAGACGCUGUUCGCGGCGCACCCGAGCGUAGUAUGGAAUCCGCUUUUAGACGGCGAUUUCCUAACGGGGUAUCCCAGCCAGCUGAUGCAGGAGGGGAAAUACGUUAAAGUGCCGAUUCUCCUAGGCGCCAACACGGACGAAGGAUUCGCCAUAUCCGGGACCCUGAACACCGAGGAGGAUAUCUUCCAUUCGAUCUUCACAUGGCGGAGCUACGCGUUCACCCCACCAACCGUGCGCAAGCUCCUAGAACUGUACCCUGACGAUCCGUGUCACGAGCCUCCCUUCGCCAUCACGAAUUGCACACGGCACCCGACGCGGGGGCUGAUGUGGAGGCGGGCGGCGGCAAUCGGCGCAGAUCUGGUCAUGAUUUCGGGGCGCCGACGGAUGGCAGAAUUAUACACAGAAGCGGGCAUGCCCGUGUAUAGCUACCGCUUUGAUCAGCGGCCCUGGAACGGCAACGAAUGGGACGGCGUCAAACACUUUGUCAACGUGGCUUACAGCUUCCAGAAUGUCUCGGGACUCCUGGGGCCCAGCCCGCAGUAUGACAGCCACGCUAGGCUGGCGAGGGCUAUUGGGCAGGCCUACGUGGCCUUCGUGAACCAUCUAGAUCCGAACAAAGUUGGGUUGGCGAAGAAUACCACAGAGGUAGAGGCGCUACCGCGUUGGCCAAGGUAUAAUCUGCGUAGACCGAUGAAUAUGGUGCUCAAUGCCACGGUGAACUGGGUCGAGGCGGACACGUGGAGGAAAGAGGGGAUCGAGUUCAUGAUGACGCCUAAGGUCGCGAAGGAGCUGCUUUCUUGA